AUGGCGGACUUGUCACUAGAAGAGAAGUGUAGACUUGCCGCUAAGCUUGUUGAACAAUCACCACCGGGGGAGAUAAACGAUGUCAUCAACGAUAUUCGAGCUAUAAUUAAUGAUGACAACGCUCUUAUGCCUCAUGUUCUCCCUUCUUUACGAGCGUACAACCUCUCUCAUCUCCAUGUCAUUGAACACUCUGCUACCGAAGGUAGCCCGGCUCAUAGUUCCAUCCUUUCUGAAGCAACUAUCCUCCCUGGGAGUGAAGGUGGAGAGGAGAGAUAUGUUGACGCUGAAGGGGAAAGGAGUUUCUCAUUUGAUCACAUAACUCUUGCAAUAACCGAUUAUGAACCGUAUAAGUUACCUGAUGAGGAGGAAUCAUUCCGCACUGCGUUAGCUUCAUCAUUAGCCAAAUACGCCAAAAAUCAUUUCCCUUCAGGAACAUCAUCAGUCUCGUGCUCUCAAUAUCCCCUUCUUCCUCUUGCUCCCGCUCCAAUUGCAAACGCUAUCAUCACCGACAAUCAAGCCGCAUCAAGCGAAUCCAAGGAAACUGCAGAACCGACACAAACAGAUGAAGCCGAUGCACCGGUGACGGACAUAGUAGCAGAACAGGUCAACGAAGGUGAUCUUGAACCAGCUCCAACACCAAUUACAGGAGAUGUUGGUGCUAGUGAAGAUGAAUUGGUCCGACCUGAGAGUCUUGAUAAAUUAGAUGACUUGGUAGAAGAAGCUAAAGAGGAGGAAGAAGGGGCUAGUGGGACAGCUGCACACCCUGAUAGACCUGAGGUGACUGAAGUUGAAGACGGAAAGGAGGAAGAAGUCAAAACUCCCACUGAGCACGAUAUCACACCCGGGAACGCCGAUGUUUCGGCUGAGAAGGUAGACGAGAGAAAGCAGGAAAGAAUUGAGAAUCCAAAAUACACCCUUGAGAUCGUGGGCAAUAAAUACAAUCCCAAUAACUUCUGGACUGGACGAUGGCGCACAAGAUGGGUCGUCGACAAGGCUUCUGAUACGGUCGAUGGCGAUAUCAAUGUUGAUGUACAUUAUUACGAACAAGGCAACGUUCAACUGGCCACGAAACACACCGCUUCAUUCCCUCUUCCUGCUGAAGAGUUAGGCGGACAAUCAGUAGCUAGUCAAAUUGUUACCAUCAUUUCCAAGAUCGAGACUGCGUAUCAUCUGGAAUUGAACGAUGUAUACGGUGAAUUGGGAGAAAAAGCCUUUAGAGCACUGCGACGAGCACUUCCAAUUACACGACAAAAGAUGGAUUGGGAAAAAGUCACAGGAUAUUCCCUCGGUUCUGACUUGACCAAAUCAAGAGCAUAA